AUGCCUCUUCCAAGACAGAAGCGUCCUCGGCAAACGGUAUCCUGGUCAUCCUUGUCGUCGUCUUCACUGCCCAAUAACCCAUUGUUAUAUCAGAAGAAAAAGAAGGUCAUCAAGAACCGGGAAGUCCAAGCCUUUAUCUUUGUCAUAUUCUCCUUGGCCGUCUUUCCUUUAUUAUUUCUCCAUCAAUCUCUUUUGCCAUCAGACAGCAAGCAUCAUCACAAUCAUUCCAAUAAGAAUGAAACCAAGAUUCAAAAUUCACUGAACGAUUACUACAAACAACGACAAGAACAUCGAGACGAGCAACAUCAUGAUUGGAAACCAAAGCCUGCUCCAUCCACUAUUGGUAGUCACAACGAAAACAACGACAAAGUUUUGAUGGCCUAUUUGGAGCCAGUGGAUACGAUUACUAUGCUUUCUGCUUCCGGCGAUGGUGGAGGUGACGAUUCCAGCGAUAAGCCUCGUUUCAUCCGUCAGACUUCGGCCAAACGACUCACCACGGUCGUCUUUCCUAGGCCGAAAGCAUCCGAUAAUGGAUCUCCAAAGAAGGAUCCAAGUGAUGUUUGUUCUAGCCUGAUGCAAGACUUUCCCAUUGACGAGUUUCCAAUGGAGGACCCCUACUUGCCAUGGAUUCAUGACUAUUUUCCAUCUGCAAAUGGCAAACACAUUCAAUUUGUAGCACAGAAUCGACGGCGAUGUCAGACUGGAAAGGGAAAGGAACAAGUCAUGAAAUUUUGGGAGCCACAAGUAGCCCUCUUUCAAUCUAUUCCAGUGACAGUCGUUAUCAAAGGCAAUGGUGAUGGAUCGACCAACAACAACAACAAUAAGAAUGAUCCACCAACCUACACCCAAGACGACCAGUUCUUUCUAUCUUCAAACAUGGAAUCUGCCACGCACAAGGCGACUCGGUUUCAAUGUCACUUUCAUACUACUGCGAAUGGAGCAACAGCAGCAGCAGCAGCAGCAACAGCAUCCGUAAUCACAUUUUCGGAACACAACUUUGACUAUGAAUUUGUGAAUUGGCGCAAAGGACGCAAGACCAUGCUCAAUCGACAGCAGGCGGGCAAAGACUUGGGAAGUUAUUGGCUGUCACAGCUACUCUUUCGCUGUCCUGUACCAUCAGAACUACAGCCAUUGCUUGCUGAUGGUAAUAGCGAACCAAGAGUUUAUUUGGACCUGAUCCCGAUUCGAACUCCAGUGCGAACACGGGAGCUAUUGUUGACGACCAACAGUACAGGACCGGGCAAUGUUCUGAAUAGAAUACCCAUGCUGGAUUUAAAGAAGGCUUUUGGUGACAAGCAUCUCCUACCAAGAAUUCAAGAUGCUGGAAGGUGGGCCAAUCUUCCCUUGUGUCCAAGAGAGACAACGGGGUCUGCCAUCUCGACUCCUUUCGAGCAACAACAACAAAAGCACCAAUUGGUGGCAUGUACCUGGACUGCAUCCUCGUACACGAGACGAGGAGAUACAUUCACAAUUUCGGACAGCGGCAUGCGCUUGGAAGAAUGGAUUCGCUUUCAUUUGCAAGUCGGGUUUGAUCACUUGUAUAUAUACGACAAUUCGGAUGGCAAUUCCACUGACCUCUUGGAUGUCACAAACAAAUUCGGCAAGGACUCGGUCACCUACCAUCGGUGGCCCUGUCGCGUUUGCAACAAUAAUCGUCCAGCACACAAGAAUCCUGGUGAAAGAAGUUCCCAGUAUGCCGCCGAAGCUUCCUGCCGAGAACGAUAUGGAGAUUCAACAGAAUGGAUGUCAUUCAUCGACACGGACGAGUAUCUGGUUCCCAUGCAACGCAAUGAACAAGGGGAUUACCACUGGAAGCCAGUCUUGGAAGAGAUGGAUACAAAUGGAAUUUCUAUCAUGAAGUUUCUAUCUAGUCGAGGGCUCCCAAGAGUGGAUUUGAUGGAAAUCAUGGAAGAUCAAUCUUCUUGCGUAGACCCAAAUGAUGUGACGGGAGAGAACAAAGACAAGACGGAGCCUUGCAUUGCUAUUUCGCCAAACAAGACCACGUACUUACAAGUUUACAAUUGCGACUACAUUCGUCCACCCAAGCCGGAGCGAUUUCAAAGGGCCAUGAAACAAAUCUACCGACCGUCUCAUGUUUUAAGCCACUUCGUCCACUACUCAACUGUGACUGCGGAUUUGGCCGAAACUUACUCGGACUUUGUGGAGAAAAAGAAAGAUCGCGGUGAUAGCACCAAUGAUCAAGACGAAUUCAUCCUUCGAGAAAAGGAUCCCAGAUUCAAAGUCCAAUCGAAGGAAGUUUUUGUCAAUGAGUUGACGCAGGGGGCUUUGAUUCAUGCACGGAGCAUCUUGCCACACGAAACCCGCCGGAGAAGUGCUGAAUGCUUUGCCCAUUCCAAGUUCAAGUGCAUGCUGGGAUAUCUCUGUGAUGAUAGCGUGGACUUUUCCGAUGAGAAACACAAGGAAAAUGAUUUUACCAAUCCGGAUGGAAGCUAUUGCAAUUGCUGGAGAAAUCCAGUUGUGGAUGAUGUUCUUGGUCCCGUCUUACUAAAGAGACUACAGCUAGAUAAUUGA